UUAUUGCAAAGCUGAGUGAACGGUACUCCGUUCAUCUUCUUCCCCUACCCUAACCUCCACCCAUUUUCCCCUUCUGUUUUCUCAAAUGUGGCCUUCUCUAGGUAUCCGUUUUCCCCAUCUAACCUUAUCUCGAUCCCUUCCGCCGCCGAAAAAAUGGGGAAGGCGGUGGUAUAUGUUCUUACAGCCACCGCCUUCGCUGUCUUCUUCCUAAUUUCUCCCUCCAAUUUCCACAGUCGGAACUAUCAACAACCAACUCGUCGUCUAGGAUUCAAAUUCCCAAACCCUACUUUCGAUCCUCUUGUUACGGAAAUGGAGAGAUUAGAAGCAGAGGAACGUGGUGAAAAUGCGAUUGGAGUGGAAAAUCAAAAUCAUAAGAUUACUGAUGCUUAUAGAAAUUACUACGAUGACGGGAGAUUGAACAUUUCGUUGAGGUUACUUGUGUUGUUUCCUUUGCUGGAUAAUUCGCCUAAAGACGGGGUUAUCAGUUACGAGGAGUUGAGUGAUUGGAUUAAUGGACAAGCUAUUGAAAGAUUGAAUUAUAGAACGACGAAACAAUUGGAGUUCUACGACAAGAAUGGAGAUAACGCCAUUUCAUUCCAUGAAUAUCUGCCGCAGUUCACUAAGGAAGAUAUUGCAAGAAAUGAAACGGGAUAUGGAGAAGCUGGAUGGUGGAUAAAGCAAUUCACAAAUGCAGAUGUUGACCAGAAUGGCUUACUACAUUUUGAUGAACUGAAAGAUUUCCUCCACCCAGAAGAUAGCAGCAAUUACCGAAUACAAAACUGGCUGUUGGCACAGAAAAUGAAGCGCAUGGACCAUGACAGAGAUGGAAAGCUCAAUUUUGAUGAAUUCCUUCACCAUACAUACGAUAUAUACAAGAACUAUAUCGAAUUUGAAACUCAAGGCGACGACAUACCGACCGCUGAAGAGAAGUUUGAUGAGCUUGAUCUUGACGAGGAUGAAGUGCUGUCAGUGGAAGAAAUAAGACCGUUGUUCCAGUAUCUUCAUCCUGGAGAAGUGUCUUAUGCUCAACAUUACACAAGUCAUUUGAUUAAUGAGGCUGAUGACAAUAAAGAUGGGUACUUAACAAUUGAUGAAAUGCUUAAUCAUGAGUAUGCUUUCUACAGCACAGUAUAUGAAAAUCAGAAUGGAGAUUAUGAAGAUGAUUAUUACCAUGAUGAACUUUGAUUUUUCUUAAUUUUUUGCCCCACUUUUUGAAGCUUAGAUUUUAGAUUUCAUUUGCAUAUAAAGUGUAUUGGGUUACAAUUUUACUAAACCCUUAACCCACCCCUUUGGAUUUUGAUUCAUUUUCAACUAGUAAUUGUUGUAGAGAAAGCUCCUGUCCUCAUUUUACUCCUUUUCUUAAUUUCAUUUAUUAUAAUUCUUUUUUCUAAAUUAUUUCCUU